AUUUUUGAUUGGUGGAAUUUGACCACGUGGGAAACACAGGGAGACCAAAGAAUAGAACUUUCUGGUUAUUCUCAGCAUGAGUUUUGGAAUUUGGCUUUUGGGAUAUUCUAGAAUUUCGGCAGCAGAUGGGUAAUUUUAUUAGGAUUAAAUCAUAAGCGAGGCAACCGUAUUUUUCGAACACCAAAUGAAACAGCCUCGUUUGCGCCCUAAUUAUACUCUCGAUAUCAUAGAAAAAUAAAUUUUGAUGUUAAUCUCAAGACUUUUUUGUUGAAAGUGAUUGAAAAGUAAUUGAAAAUAAAUGAAAAAUAAAAUCAAAGCAAAAACCCUCGAAAGCGGACACCCUGUUGUGCCCAUAAUGCACAGCGAGCCGCACGGUUGAAGGGAAAUGGCGGACAAGCUUGAACUGGAAGAUGUCCGAGAAGUCCAUCGAAGAAGCUCUAGAUUACAAACGAGAGCAGUCUCCAGAUUGACAGCUGCCAAAGACCCUAAAGAUCAGCAUAAAUUGAGGGAUACCAGACAAAGAAGGCUUCCACCAAGGCAACAGCCUAUUAAACCAGCCUCUAAAGAUUCUGACGAUGACACAGGGAGCCAUACAAGUGGUCAUGAGAAUACCGAAGAUGAUACUGAUGAUGGCAAUGAUAAUGACAACAAGGAAGGUUCAAGUGGCAAGGAUGAUGAGAGUGAGAAUGAGAAAAUAAUUGUCCCUAAAGCCCUUGGGAAUGAAUCAGCCGUCACAGGACAGGAAGUGUUUGGAUUUCAAACCCCACGCCGAGCUGGCUCCUUAGCAGCUGCUGCAUCAGAGGCCAUUCACCUUACAGCGAAAACACCCAAAUCAGCAAAGUCAAUAAAGGGAAAAACCCCUAAGAGUGCUACUCAAGAAAAAGCUAAUGCCAGGAAAAGAAACCAGGACAAUCAUGCAUCAGCCAAAGACCUCUCUCCUGACAAAACAAAGAGAUCAAAGCCUACUACACCUCAUCAGGGUAAAAGAAUAGCAUUAAGAGUCCCUGAUGGAUCAGAAGAGGAAUACAGUGAUGGUUCCAGUGACGAAGAUGCACAACCCUACAAGAGGUCAGAGACAGACAAUCCUGAGGAAAUAAUACAGGAAUACUUUGCAGUGCAUCACAGCACAAAAUGCUUGACAUCCGACCGCACUCUUGCAAGCUUGGGAGCGCCCUUAAUGGACCAAGAGGAAUUGUCAGAACACCUUCAGCAAGUCUCUGCUACACACCAGGAGGAGUGUGUCAAACUCUAUGCCAAAUACCGCUCAUUCUUUUCCAAGUGGGUCUUCCAAAUCAGACAUGGAUUCAACCUUCUCUUCUAUGGGAUGGGUUCAAAGAAGGUGCUUAUGGAUCAGUUCAGAAGUUCUAUGCUGCAGGGGCUCACUCAGCUUGUAGUCAAUGGGUUCUUUCCCAGCAUUACCAUAAAACAAAUUUUAAAUACUAUAACAGAGGAGGUGCUUGAGCACGAUGGAGCAUUCCGGAGUGUUAUUGAUCAGACGACCUUCAUAAGAGACAUGUUUAAUAAGGGAAAAGCUCCCGGCAGCCUCUAUCUUAUAAUUCACAAUAUUGAUGGCCCGAUGCUGCGGUCCAAAAAGACCCAGACCAUUCUCAGUCUUCUUGCUGAAUCUCCCUUGAUCCACAUAAUUGCAAGUAUUGACCACAUCAAUGCCCCUCUUGUGUGGGAUCAAAGUAUGUGCAGCCGAUUCAAGUGGCUGUGGAAUGAUGUGUCGACGUUUGAGCCGUACGUAGAAGAAACGUCUUACGAGAACUCUCUUCUGGUACAGCAGUCAGGAGCACUCGCCCUGAGCUCCAUGGCGCACGUGAUGCGCAGCCUUACGCCGAACGGGCAGGGCAUCUUCCUCGUCAUAGUCAAGAAACAACUGGAGGAAAAGGACAACUCCUCGUACAUUGGGAUCGCGAUGCACGACUUGUAUACAGCGUGCAGGGAAAGGUUCCUUGUGAACAGCGAACAAACCUUGAGGGCUCAGCUCACAGAAUUUCGUGACCACAAGCUUAUACGCUCCAGGAAGGGGGCAGAUGGUGUGGAGCAUCUACAUAUUCCUCUGGACACUGCAACACUCAAGCAAUUUCUUGAAGAGCAGGAACAAAACAGAUGACAGCGGGUAUAGGCGAAUGACAACUUUAUUGAGGAGAAGGAACAAAACAGUUGACAGUGAGUCAAUAAAGAAAAGUUGGCAAUAAA